GGGAGAUAUUGUGGGUUCCUCCCCCAAACAAUCUCUCUCCUCUUCUUCGCACUCUCACUCUCAAUGGUUGCUGCUCCUUCUUUCCCCUCCUCUCUGAUACUGCAACCCCUCAAACCACCACCCUCAAAUCCCCUCCUCCCCCAACGAAACCCUAGAUUACUAACCCCAUUCUCCUCCCCACUCCGCUCCUCCGCGGCGGAGCCCAAGCCGCCGCCGCUGCGGCGCAAGGCAAUGGAGGGCGGGGCGCGCGGCCGAAACCCUAGGCGGAGGAUGGGAUCGUACGGGACCUCCCGGAGGUCGGUUAUCAAGAAGAGCUUCUCCCAGGAGCAGGUCGUGUUCGCCACCGCUCCGGCGACGGAUCCCGUCGUCGCCGUCAUCGGCGGCGGCGUCUCGGGCCUUGUGUGCGCGGCCACGCUCGAGAAGCGGGGGAUCCGAUCCGUCGUCUUCGAUACGGGGAUGCAUGGAUUAGGUGGGAGGAUGGCGACAAGAAUGAUAGAUCCCCAGCAAUUGGUUUUUGAUCAUGCGGCUCAAUUCUUUACUGUGAGCGAUCAAAGGUUUCAGAAGUUGGUUGAUCGAUGGCUGGAUGAAGGGUUAGUUCGUGAAUGGAAGGGGUUGCUGGGUGAGCUUGAAGGUGGUGGGCAUUUUACUCCUCUAACUUUCUCGUCUCCAAGAUAUAUAGGUGCUAAAGGGAUGCGAUUCCUGGCAGAUUCCAUCAUACGUCAGAGUCGCAUGGUUGAUAUUGUAAGACCUUGCUGGAUUAGUCAGCUCGAACCUUUCAAUGGGAAGUGGUACUUAUCUGAGAAGGCGAAACCACAUGGCCAAUUUGAUGCAAUUGUCAUUGCCCAUAAUGGAAAAUGUGCAAACCGUUUACUCUCUUCAUCAGGAUUACCAUUGCUGACUAAACAAAUGAAGAGGCUGGAGCUAAGUGCUGUCUGGGCACUUCUUGCUGCGUUUAAAGAUCCUCUUCCACUUCCUCAAAAUGGGGCAUGUCCGACAUUCGAAGGAGCAUUUGUAAAAGGUGUUGAUUCUAUCUCAUGGAUGGCCAACAACACUAGCAAACUUUUCCCUUUUCAGAGUGGCAUGCCACAAUGUUGGACCUUUUUUAGCACCUCUGCUUAUGGACAGAGAAAUAAAGUUCCACAGGAAAAUAUUCCAAGCGUCACGGCUGAAAAAGUGAAGGAAGAAAUGCUUGGUGGUGUAGAAUAUGCUCUUGGAUUGCCUAAAGGAUUACUCCAGCGACCAUUUUACACGCGUGUGCAACUAUGGGGAGCAGCUCUGCCAACAAAUACUCCCGGGGUACCUUGUAUCUUCGAUCCUCAUGGACGUGCAGGAAUUUGUGGUGAUUGGCUACUUGGUUCAAGUGUGGAAGCUGCAGCGUUAAGUGGCAUGUCUCUCGCAAAUCAUAUGGCAAAUUACUUCCAGAGCGGUGACGCCCAACCUGACGAAUUUGCAGUGGGUUUGCAUGAGAAGUUCCGCCCGGUUGGCGGUCAUGAUAUUGGUCAGUUUCCGGGUCUGGAUUCUCAAAGACAGGUACUGGAAGCUCAGGCAAUUACAACUGCAUGAAAAGAAAAAGACAGGUCUCAUGGCCUUUUCUUUUUCUCUUGUUUUGAUGACAUCCCAAUUUUGUGAGAUGUUCAGAUUUUACUUUUUUUGGUUUUUUUUUUUAAUUUUUUAUUGGCCGUCAUGUAAGUGAUGAAUUGAUCCUGAGUCCAACUAUAUGCUUGAGAAUAGAAGCCUUGUGCUUUCUUAUAUGCAUGUGCGAGGUUUCUAUACACCACUUCGAUCACUCACACUCAUCGAUCAUAUAAAGCACAAUUUCAUCCUGAGAAACAUUUGCCCACAAAAUCUUGACACCAUAGCUAGUUUGCCUAGUGGAAGAUAAGAAGAUUCAUGUGUAAUUAGUUUCAAAAUUUCCGUCUCAGGUGUAUGGAUGAAGGUUCAAAGUGGCUUUAUUGGGGUUUC